AGUCGCACAAGUCAGCCAUCCCAUCAUCAUAGCCACGGUCAGAGCAGUCAGGGAAAAUUAUACAGAUACGUAAAUAGCGAAGAGUGAGGAGAUCGAAGUUUUUUCGCAGGUCGUAGCAAAAUUCAGAUUUCGAAUUUACCUAGUUUCAUCGCGCUUCGAAUCGAUUAUUAGACCAUAGAUAGGGUCGUAGGGCAUCGAUUUCCGGUGUGGAUGUCACAUCUCGACAAACGGAACCGUCGGAAAAUUGUUUUUUCCCAACCCCAUGGUAGUGAACGGCAGUGAGUGAAAAGUGAAGAAGAAAAAAAAAGUUGCUACGAUUAUAUUGUGUGGCCAGGCGGAUGGUGAAAAAAUUUUCUGCCUCUGGUGGAAUACUUUUUCCCAAUGCAUUUGUCGUUCGCUUAAGUUUGUUCUCGUCAUCAGCAGUUCGUCUUUCGGUCGAAACUCUCGGAAUGAAGAAGGAUUUGAUGGAUGUGGUCAGUUAGAUGAAAAUAAUUAGUGUAAAACACUGCAGAUUUGUGCAACGUUCGUGGAUGAGAUUUUUCCUCCCCAUCGAGGAGUAAAUGUGAAAAACGAUGGUCGUGGAGCAAGGUGGAAGGAAAAAGAUAAAAAAAAUGUUUCCUGCUUAAAUGGGUUAGUCGAAAAAACCGAAAGGAGUUAAGAAAAAUUUGUGUACGGAACACAAUAGAAAGAAGUAGUUUAGUGCGGGUGGCGCAGGAGGAGGUUCAAGGGGUGAACAUUCUUGUGUCCACCAUUGAUUUUGGAUCAAAAUAAAAGGAAAAAAUUAAUACUGUCUCUCUGGUGGAAAUUGGCAAGAUAUCCUAUAAAGGCCACACAUUUCCCUCUGUGCAUGUAUGUAUAGGUUUGUUAGUGUGCAUAUUUAGCUAUAUUUCGACAAACCAACAAGUUUUACUAAAGAGUGCUAAUACAGUCAGUGCUGGAAGGAUAAGUUCCAGAUAAUUUACUGCGGAUAUCAUACUGAUCCUACGAAUUCGUCAUCAUGGCAAAUCCGAGAAAAUUCAGCGAGAAAAUCGCUCUGCACAAUCAGAAACAGGCUGAGGAGACGGCCGAGUUUGAACGAAUCAUGCGGGAAGUUUCGGAUGUUACAUCCAAGGUGUCGCCAUUGUCGAGAAGUAGUGUUAACCUUAUGCCGACUCUUGGCGGGCUGGGCACUUUCCGGGGUGGCUCGCUGCCCAAUGUCAACAACGAUAACGAUAACUUUCAGGGUGAUGACAGUACUACACUGACAGAGCUCAAGUCAUAUACUCAGCUGGAAAAUGUGAAAAUCAAAAAGGAUGCCACACCUAAAGCAAGUACACCGAAUCACAGGGAAUCGCGAGGGCGAACUCCCGGUGGUCCAAUGAGAAAUCGGCAGGUCAACCGGAACCAUGACACUUCUCCGUAUGGCAACAAUUCGCACCUUAUACCGCCAAUGGAAAGCAACUGGCACAGGUCUAUAUCGGAUUCCGCGAUCCAUCAGAGUUUAUGCCAGAAUCAGUCAGAAUCAAACCAUAUGCAUUCGCACUCACCGCUUAGGUUAAGCCCCACGUUUCAAAGGAAAACUACAAAUGCUCAAAGUAUCUCAAAAAUACAUCAUCAUCAUUUGCCUCUCGAGAACACUUCGUCCCACGAUAUAAGGUCCCGAUCGACGACCGGUCUCACGAGGCUACCCGGAAUAAAUAUUUAUCCUUCACAAAACCACACCGACAGUAUACAGAUUCCCAUACCAAGUAAUACGGGUUCGUUGCCGGAUUUGACGUCAGUUGGCUACCCGAUGUAUCCGUCGCCACUCGAUCAGGAGUACGAUCACAACGCGCACAGUAGCAGUUAUUGUCCGAGUCCGCUAGGAACCUCUCCAUCGUCGUUAUCUCCCACAUCGGCCAUCCACAAUCAUCAUCCGCACCCGCGACCGAAUAACUUCGGAGGAGGGGGAGGCGGAGGAGGCGGCUAUCCCAUUCCCACCAGCAGUCAUCCCAACAGUGGCAACUGCAGUCCAAACAACAACAGCAACCACAGCAACAACAACAACAGUACCAGUACCACUAACCUUAAUAACACUACCAACAAUGGCAACAUCAACAACAACAACAACAACAAUAGUAGUACUAAUCAUAACAGUGUUAAGAACAGUAACAAGAAGCCGAAAUCUAGUCAGGUUAACAAUUCUUACGAUGUGAGUCAAUCGCCUCAGCCGCAAUCACAACAGCAGCAUCCGUCUCAACAACAACAGCAGCAGCAGCAACAACAACAGCGAAUACCUACGCUUGAGCAAAGUAACUACGAUAACUUUAAUCAGUUUAAUGAUGGAUUAUCGUCACCUAGCCAAAACUCACCCGAAAAUAUACUGUAUGGAUCUCAUGGGAAUAUAUCUCCGCACAUGAUGUUAGACUAUCGGAAUAGACCUAGUCCUGGUUCCAGUCCAAGUUUGGUGCUCGCAAAUAACCUCGACUCUAAUUCUAGUGCUCCGUGUAGUCCUGUGUCACAUAGUUUAGGAAGUAAUAACGGGCAAUCUUAUGAAAAGUAUCCAUCCAACGAUGUUUACGCGCAGAGCACGUUACCGCAGCACUUGGAACACAUAACGCUGGACUGGACUACUUUGGUUCAAAGUCUUGUCGAGUCUGGAUGCACGUUAACUGCCCAAGUCCAGGGAGAUAGUUCUUUGCCACCGGAUUUCACCACAAAUCAGCUGGUGUUUGGAACGUUUGAGGAUGCCUACCUGACGCUAAAUAACGAUCUCAACCUGCGAACGGAUCAUUCGCAUCAACAGCAGCAGCAACAGCAACAACAACAACAACAACAGCAGCAACACCAGCAGCAACACCAACAGCAGCAACAACAACAACAGCAGCAUCAAUCAUCUCCCCAGCAGUCCCCGCAUUUGAACUCGGUCAACUGUGGCUCCCUGCCAAAUAGUUUGAACCACUCUAAUCCUGCCGCCUAUGGUCACAACCACCACAACGGAAGUAACGAACCGUUACUCAGUUUGCAGACGGCGCCGCAGAUUCAAACGACCCCUACCACGAUACCUGAGAUUGUCUUUACUGAUUUCUCAACGAGAGACGACUUCGAAACCGAUCUGGGCCUCGGCCAGAUGGACUUUCACAGUUUUCAGAUGCUGUCCGACAGUGGUGCCAUCAUCGAUACGCUGGACGAGGACAGCUUCCGACGGGAACUUCAGUGAGACAACGUGCCGCCGGACGGUUGCUGUCGACUGUUGGAAGCCGUCGAGGACAACUGCAACGCCAACGAUGAGGCAAACGUCGUCGUCGACAAAGGGGAGGACAACGACGGCAUCAACGUCGACAUGACGCGGCUGCAGGCUUUCGUUACCCUGCUCUAGAGAUAUCUACGUAUAAGAUAAGUUGUGUUCCCUCCGUUUAGUUGUUUAAUUUUUGGUUAAACGUUUUACUUAACAGAGAAUGUUGGACCGGGACACAGGAUUUACUAGGAGAAAAUAAAUCAACAGACUUUCCUCCCCCGCGUGGAAACAAUUUGAUUUUUGUUUUCGGGAUGGAAAGAUUUUGCUAGUUUUAGAUUAUGAGUUAUGCUUUUAGCGAGUGAACGCGGGAUCAGAUUGUAGAGGCGGAAAAGUGCGCGUUUUAUACAAUUUUAAAACUACAUGUAAAAGAACCUACUUGAGAUAAAAUACAGAUGCAAACUGGAAGCUUAUGUCUACGAUAGUGAUAAGGUAAAAGGUGAUUAGAAUAAUAUUCAUCUAGGCCUGAGAUGAUAGGCAACAGUAGUAUGAUUUUUGUACGAUUUAGGAUUUAGUUUUUGUGCUGAAGGAAUGCAGUAGAUUUCGUAACCGCGGAAGCACAAAUUAAACCUGUUUACCUUAGUUUUGGCGCAAAUGAUUGUUUUCGUAUUUGCUCGAUACCAAUUCCCCCUUACUAACAUCUUUAAACGAAUUUACACAUGACCAGUAUAGUUUUUCCUUACGUUCAUAAUUUGGAUAUAGGCAGGUAUUUCUGUGAAUGGUAAUAAACACGCGUACAUUUUAAACGAGCCUGGUAUUUUAGUUAAAGUAAAAUGAAACGGAAAAAAUACUUAAUAUUGUUUUGUAAGCGAACAUUUUGAAGCCAACAUUCGUUAAAACAAAAUGUACGACUGAGAUGUUUUGAUGCGAGAGUCUCUAACCUUUAGCAUGGAACUGUGAGAGAUGACAAAAAUGUAUUUAGAUAGAAAAUAUACGCGAAAUGAAAUUUCUCCUGAGCCUUUAUUGAGCUAAACCAAAACGAAAACUAAGGACUAGUGAUGAUGAUGAAGGGCGAAGCGAAAGAUUUUCGGCGACGGAAGUCUCGUUGGAAGAAUAAUAUAUCGUAACAUAUCAGAUCCAUUUUCUCUACCAUAGUCAAAGGAAAUAGUCAACCGAUGCAAACAGAAAAUUAAUAUUAACACUUUACGGUUUAGUGUUGAAAGCAGCAAUCCCAGAAAACCAAAACCCAUUUACAUGAUAUUGCUCUCUUAAACUCUCCCAUUAUUCGCAUUUCUAUUCAACAAAGAGGUUAAACAAUCUUCGACUGUAAGAAAAUCUACCGUUUCUAUUCAACUAUUAAAAGUUAUCGUCUCCAUUUCACUUUUACCUAAUAAUAACUAGUUAGUUUCGACCCCAUUUGUCUAAAAACCCAAAGUAAAUACAACUUUCUAAUCACUUGUCUAAAUGCAUUCAAAAAACCAGAUACAAAAAACAGCAAUCCUGAAAGCGAUCCUUUUAAUAAACUAUACUUACGAAAAUGAAAUAUAACCAAUAUAAAACACAAAGGUUAGCAGCGAUUGAGAUCAUUUUUCGGAUCAAUGUUGCUCGAUGCAGAAUAAUGGAUUAGUUUUAUACACGCAAUGGGUUUCUUUGAGAAACGAAUUAACAUAUUUGUCAUGAACUUAAUCAGGAACAUAUUUCAAUUACAAUUCUAUAACUUGUCAGAACUUGGUUUUUACAAGUUUACUAUACAACUAAUUGAUUUCUAAUUAUUGUUAGCUACACUAGACGUAGAACUAUAAAAAGUCUGAUGUUUCAACUAUGAAAUAGAAAAACGUUCGAAAAAAGUAUUUCAAUACGAUACGAAAAAUGAUCUCAUUUUAGAGUUUCCUUAAUCAUACUCAAAAACACGCACACACAUACACUCUCACAUUCACACAUACAUACAGACAUACCGACACGAAAGCAUACCGGUUAGUUAGCUUCCCGAAUAAAGUCCUCCGAGUUACAGAAACCAAAACGGUAGACGGAUCGGCCUCGUAGCAAUAAAAAAGAUUUAACGGCAGGUUGGCGAAACUGGCUGCAAAACCCUUUAGAACCAUCCUUAUCAUACCAUAGAUUCGUUUCCAAUAAGAAAAAAGGAAAACAGCAACACCCACAAGAGAACAAGGAAAAACGAUACAACAGAAAUCAAAAUAAUAAGAAAACAAGGAAACAACAUAGUCUCAGCUCUAAUGAAACUAAACGAGAGUUCUUGAAGGAAACGAUUUAGUAUAAACAAAAUGUGUAAAUGCAUAAAACCGACCAAAAUGUAUAAAUUAUAUGUUAAGUCGAAAUCUCAGCAUGUGUUUUUAUUUUUGGUGAAAGAUUUUUUUUUUUUUUGGUUAGUUUUCGUUUCUUAGGUUUAGUCAAAUUUCGGUUCGUUUCGAUGAAGUGGUUAUUUUUUUUCAGUGUGGUGUAUGAUAAGUUUUUAUUUAAUUUUUUAAAUGUCUCAUUUAAAAUUUUCUCAGACGUUUUGGUUUAUUUCAACGCAUAGGAACUUUAUGAACAGGCUAGAAAACAUUGUUUCGAUUGUUUUUUUCAAAGCCGGAGUAAAAUUUGUUUUUCUGCCCAAUGCAUAGUGGUCCAGAAAUGAAAUUUAGCGGGAAACAAUAAUGAGCGCCUCUCUUUUAAGUUUAAAGGCCGUCAUAUAGUACACAAAUGCGUGUGCAAUUGACUAGUUCACUUUUCGGCUUUUUUCGCUGAUCACAAUGUCACUUACAGGGUUUGAUUCUCAUUUUCAUUUUCAAGUACUCUGGACAAAUUUGAGUUAAUUAAAGUAAGUUUUCAGCGGCGCUAGGAGUUUUAGUGAAAAAGUCUAUUUUUCUUGAAAACUUUCGUAAAUGUUCUCUAGCAAGCUAUUGUUAAUACAAAAUGAUGGUUUUAUAGUGCAAGGUGAUUGGUAUGUCAAACAUCUGUAUGCAGGGAUGCCAAUGUGCCUGAUUUUUCGAGCCUCAGACUGACAACCUGAUAAUCCAUUGAAUUACCCUGAUUUUUGAAAAUAUGCCUGAUUUUUUAUGAUUUUCGCGAAUGUGAUGAAAAAUGGGCAUUAAGAAACUGGAUUAGUUACCAUUGCUGAAGUGAAAAAGUGAAAAUGUGGCUGAAUCAAAGCAAUCGAAAGAUUCCCAUUAAUUCUUAUAUAAAAAAGGAAUAAGAGGGAAUCUUUCGAUUGCUUUGAUUCAGUUAAAUUAUUCAACCUAUUAGGCUCACAACACACAUUAGAGUGAAAAUGGGUGCGAUGACCAAAUUUCCGUUACUUUAACGUAGCCUGAUUUUUAUUUCAUCGGUUCCCUGAUUUAAAAAAAAUGUUGGCAACCCUGCCUGUAUGGAUCUGUUUUAGAUAAUCGACUAAAUCAAACCGAAAAAAAAAAUAAAAAUUCCUUAACUACAAACUUGCACAGAAAAUUUCCUUACAAGUUGAGAUUUUAAAAUCAGUAGAAAAAAACAUUUUCCAUACAUAAAAAAAUUUUUUUAUCAUCAUGGCAUUAACGCAUUUGGCAAACCUUUACAGCAACUUAAGACAGUCAUUUUGAAUGAAAUAAUUUUAAGGUGGUUCAUAUCGACUUCGAGGUACGAAAAUUAUUUUCUAACUGUGAAAAUGUAGAGGCCAGGCCUACAUUAUUGUAGAACAUAAUAAUUGAAUUGAUGGAAGUAUUAUGACAGUUUAUUUUCAUAAAGCUAGGGUGGUCCUACAGAAAAAAAAAUCUGAUAUCUUUUCUGUAUGAUAUUUUAUCAGAAAGUUUUGUGAAGCAAGAUUUCAGUUAAUUUUAAGGCGCACCUUUUCUGAUAAAAGAUAACAUUUUUUUUAAAUUUUUAUGUUGAAAAAAAAGUCAAAAAAUAAAAGAAAUCGAAUAAAUUGUCAUCAUAAAACUCUUAGUUUUAGAGAUAAAUGUUUGACCUAUUCGACAAAGAUUCAUGAAAUAUUUUGUUUAAAAAUAUUGUAGAAUAAUAAAGGCGUCUAUCUUAUCACAUUAGGAAAUAAUUUGAGUGCCUCAAAAACCUUACAACCACUUUAAAAAAAAAUUAAUUCAAAAUGACAUCCUUUUGUAGAAGUUUGUCAUCAAGAAUGCGAAGACAUCAAAGGCGUUAAACUUAAUAUGAAGAUGCUAAUAAUUGUUUCCCGCUAAAUUUUAUUCCUGGACCACUGUGCAAUGUGUAUUGCAACAACUUGGGUCAAAUUUUCACAGAAUCCAAAAAAAAAAAAACUCUCAGAAAGUCCGAACAACCUAGAUUGUUAUCCUUCCGACAUAUUCAAUUUUGUCAGGCACAUGCGUUUUGACUAAAUUUGAAUGUAUUUCUUCAGUCAUUUUGUAUGGGCAUUCAUUCCGGCAUUUUUAUAAUUUUUUUUUCACAAUUUUCAAAACUUUCAAUAACUAUUAUCAGUAUAGGUUGAGAAAAUUGAUAUGAUGUUCCAGCGUUUCUGAUUUCAAAUGACUCCAGUUUUUUUUAAUUAAAUUUUUUUCGUAUGAAAUAAUUUUAUUUCGUUUUACUUGUGUUGAGUUACAUUCCUCGUGCAAACAUUCAAAUGGGCCUAUCUGCAUAUAAAAAUUCCUGCAGUUACAUAUUUUACAAUAUAAUUUCAACUUUUCAUUGUUUUCAGUUGAAACAUUGUUGUUUUUUUCGAAUAAGCAUAAAAAAGCAAGAAUGUGUGAUCAAUGUAACUAAAGUGUAUAUUUUUAAUAUAGGAUAUAUACAAAUUUGAGCGAUCAUUUUCAACCAUCGACAGUACCUUUAAAACUAAAAUCCAAAAUCUAACUUUAAAUAUGCUGUGUAAACGAACGGUAAAACUAAAAGAACAAGCUAGUAUAGUAAAAAAAAACAAAAUACAAACAUCAGAAAGAGAAUCCGCACAAGUUAAUUCCAGCUUGCGCCUUACGUCUCUGUGAGUGUACCUUUUUUAUAGACUUAUUUUUCGAGCGAAUGUAAAUGUGAUGAGAGCUAAACAAAAAAGAAAUUAAAUGAUGAACGAAGCAGAUCGCUAA